GUUGAUCCCAUCGCCCUGGACAUCCCAACCUACUUCGAGAUCAUCAAACAUCCCAUGGACCUGGGAACUGUUCGCUCGAAGCUCAUCAGCGGAUCCUACAAAGACAUCAACGCGUUUGCUGCUGACGUCCGGCUGACUUUUGAUAACGCGAUGCUGUUCAAUCCUGUCGGCCACUGGGUGCAUGAGAUGGCGAAGAACCUGAAGAGCUUUUUUGAGAGCAACUUCCAGGAGCACCUCAGUCGCACCGGGAAGAAACAGUCAUGA